AUGAAUGUGUACAUGUGUCACAAACUGACAGAACAGUUGAGUGAGACCACACGAGCAAAGUGUGAAGGCUGUUAUUCAAGCAGAAGAAGCAAAUAUCGUGAAAUGCAGCUUAAGUACAGGGAAAAGAGACUGGAGCAAGAGCAUGGUUUGCUGUCACGUCAGAUUGCUCUGUUCCAGCAUCAACUGGAGCAGAGAACAGAGGAAAGUGUCAACCAGCGUAGGGAGCAGUCCAACAUUAUUCUUGGCCUUCAGACUGAUCUUAACCAUAAAAUAGAAGAGUUGCAUAUGGAGAAAGAAGAGAAAGAACAGCUACAAAAGCAAUUGGAGGACAGAUCUCAAAGAAUUAAGGAGCUACUUGAAGCACUGAAUUCAUCCCGAGAAUCAGAAGUGAAACUAGAGGAAACAUUCCGCCAAGAAUUAGCUUCACAAAAAAAACUCACUGAAAUAUAUCAGGGAUCAGCACAGAAGGAGAAAGAACGUGCUGCUGAGCUGGAGAAUGCUGUCGAGGAGCUUCGUAAGCUAUUACAAGAAGCCAGUGAUCACUAUGGGGCCCUUGAGCAGGCUAAAGCCAAGGCUGAUGAAGAAAAUGAAGAAUCUCUGAGGCAGUCAAACUUAUUAGUGAAAGACUUAAAGAAUGAAUUAGACAAAGUUAAUAUGUUGUUGGAAUCCAGUUCCAAGAAAGAUCAUUGCAGUUACAAGGAGCUGUCACCAGCAGCAAGUGCAGCUAGUGAGUUAGUAAGCCGUGGCUUGAGUCUUACACAGUUGUAUUCAGAAUAUCUCUCUGUUUCUGAGACUUUGGCCACAGAAGAAGAAAACAAGCGGCUCAAGCGCUAUGUUGACCAGAUCUUGCAGGAAAUUGAGGAACGGGUUCCAGUGUUAAAGAAGCAACGUGAAGACCAUCAUAAGUCACUAGAAACAAUCACCACCCUUCAUGCUCAGCUAGAUGAUGCACUUGCAGAAUUGGAGAAACAAAGGUUAGAAGCAGAUGAAGCACGCAGACGCACAAAUUGUUUAGAACGAGAAAACAAGCGACUUGAUGGCCAGAUGAAGGAUCUCAGCAAGCAAGUGACCAUUCUGGUUUCCCAAGUUGAGGCAGCAAGAGUAGGUCUUCCUGCACCUUCCAUUACAAAGGAAAGUUCCAGAAGUCCAACAGUUGCUGGUGAUGUUAUUUCUCAACGCUUAGUGGCCUUUAGGGAUAUUGCUGAAUUGCAGGAGCAGAAUAAUAGUUUACGGGCAUCCCUGAGAGAAUUAUCAGAACAGAUGGAAGCGUCUGAACAUUCUGCUGUAGAUGAAAAAACAAAAGAGCUGAGGGAUGAACUUGAUGCAGCCAAGGCACAGUUAAAGGAAAUUUCAGCUUUAAGAGAACGACAAGAAAAAAUGAUGGAAAACCUUGUGCAUCAGCGUGACAUGUAUCGAACUCUUCUGUCACAGCAGUCGCCAAACGUUGCAGGUAUGCCAGAACUACAUCACACCCACAUUAGAAAGAAACUGACAAAUAAUUACAUGAUUAUGAGAAAAGAAGGGAAAACAUUUGCAAGAAAUGAUAUGGAGAUAUGCUUUGAGCUUAACAAAAGAUUUAACAGUAUAUGUUCCAGAGAUGGAUUAAGGAAUAAACCAAAUAGAAUUAACAUGCACACUGUCUUUAACAGUAUUUUAAUUCUUAUUGGCAGGAAUGAAAAUAUUAAGUUAGUGUCACAGGCAGAGUACAAUGAUGAGAGGAUGAAGACACUGCAGAAUAAUACUGAGGUACUACGGCGGCAGAUUGCGUCUUUGGAAAAAAAUAAUUCCACUCUGCAAGGUAUCAUAGGACGCCAUGAGGGCACAAUAGAAACACUUCGUAAUGAAUACUUGAUUCUGCAAAAGAAACUUUCACGAGCAGAAAUUUCUUUAGAUAAUCUUCGAGAGGAAAGAACUUUGCUGAAGGAAACAGAAGCAAGACUUUUGGCAGAGCGUGAGUCCCUUAGCCGAGGACAAACAUCCCAGGCGAUGGUGCUUGCUAAUCUGGAAAGUAUUAAGAUCAACUUAGAGCGCAGGGACUCUGAUGAGCAAAUGAGGUAUGAAAAUAGAGUUGCAGAGCUGACUGAGCAAGUUAGCCGCCUAAGAGCCAAGCUGGCAUCAAAUUCUGACCUUAAAGCAGCACAAGAGAAAGUGAGUGAAUUAGAGGGACGAAUUCGCACCAUGCAGGGUGAACAUUCAGCCACCACUAAGCAGUUGUUGGAUGUUAAGGCAGAGUUAGCAUCCACCAAAACUCGGAUGAAUGAACUUCAAGAGAGGGCAAGAGCUAUGCCAUCUCCAGGAGCCAGAGCUAGAGGUAACAGCCCUAUGAGGUCUCCAAUGCCAUUCCGCAUGACAGGCCCAUCGCCGCAUGUCCGUGACUUAGAGAUUCAGCUGGCUGAGGAAAAGAGCAAGCACGCAGUGCUUCAGGCUGCUCAUGAACAAUCAAAGCGCUUUGAAAAGGAAUUGCUUGAGUUAAACAAACAGCAUGAAAAGCAGCUAGAAGAGUCGAAUGAAGCCUGCAAGACAGCUAAUGAAGAAUACACAAAAUUGCAGAAGGAACUUCAAGCAACAGAAGCACAGCUUGAGAAAUUAGAAAACCAGUUAAAGGAUGCAAUAGAAGAGGGGGAAACUGCUGCACUUCUCCUGAAAUCCAAAUUGGCGAAGACCGAAGAGGAGUUGCAGGUUUGUCAGAAAGAACUAAGUGAUGUAAAGGAAGCUCUUCAGAAAGCAAAAGAAGAAGAAGAAUGUGCCAAAAAGGAGGCUCAGGAGCAGUCCAAACUGGCAGCUGAAGUACAAGACAAGUAUGAGCGGGAAGUUAUGCUACAUGGAGCUGAUCUCAAAGCUUUAGCAACAUUAAAAGAAAGACAAGCAGAGUACAACACUGAACUCCAAGAGGCUACCUCGGCUAAGAUCAAGGCAGAAGAAGCUGUUCGAGAUACCAAAUUAGGCUUUGAGGAAAGAGAGAGUGUCUUGCGUAAAGAAAAUAAGGAUCUUAUUGUGAGGUGCCAAGAAUUAGAGGAGCAGAAUAAGUCAAUCCUUGACCAGUUUACUCAGCUUUCUGACAAAAUGGCAGCAAUUCAAACCAAGCUUACUUCAACUGUGGGUGAGAGUGGCAAAGCACCCUUCACUGAGGAUGAAGCUCGAUCAUCUGAUCAGCUUCGUGAAGUUAUCAAAUAUCUACGCCGGGAACGAGAUGUUGCUGCUGGGAAGUGCGAUGUAGCACAAGCUGAGAACCAAAGAUUGGAGGCUCAGAGAAUAGUCCUUAAGACUCAGGUGGAACAAUUGACUAAGAACCUCUCUGAAGAAAGGGAAAAAAAUCAGGUUUCUGCAGAUACUGCAGGGCGUUAUGCAGAGAUACUUCGCAAGGUUCACACUAUGGAUGCUCUUGCAGACAGCAACCGUCUCAUGCGUGAGGAAAAGGAAAGCAUACAGAGCGCCUGUUCUGAAUAUAAAGCCAAAUUUGAAUCACUCGAAAAAGAGAUUAAGCCUCUACAAGAAAAACAAAGGUUUAAUGCCAACAAGAUUGAGGCACUGUUGCUGGAUAAGAAAACUCUAGAGAAUGAAAAGGAGAUGUUCAAGAAGCGGACACAGGAGCUUGUGGAAAAACUAAAUCGUGCCAAACCUGAAGAUUUUGUUAAGCUUCAGCAAGAGGUAACAGAACAGCACAAGUCACUACAAAGCAAGGAAGCCGAAAUUAAUAGACUGAAAAAUCAGCUAUCCCAGUUGUCCAAGAAUCAACAAAUGAUUGUAAAUCAAAAGAACCAGUUCCAGCAGCAGUUGAAUAUUGUUCGAGAGGAGCUUCGUAAAGCUAUUGAAGAAACCAAGAAGAACUUGUUAGAGAGGAAUCGUGUACAGCAACAAUGUGUGGAGGAAAAUAAAAAGAAUUUAUCAGAAAAAGCCCGCCUCCAGCAACAACUUGGGCAGACCCAGGAACGGCUAAGGGCACUGGAAUCAUCGUCACAGCAGGCUCAGGCAACUCACCAGCAGGAGAUGGGCAAUAUGCUUGAGCUGAAGCAGCGUGAAGAAGCUCAAAGACAUCAGCUAGAAAUAACAAAACAGGAAGCAGAAAAUCUUGCAGAAAAAUUAAAGGAGUUGGAGGGAAAACUUGCUGAGGCUGUUAAAAAGGCAGAUAACUUUGAAAAGCAGUCAUUACAGCUCCGCAAGAUUGCAACUAAAUACAAGAAAGCUGCUGAAGGUGGCGCUGCUGCUGCAAGUGGCACUGGAGGUGAGGGCACUGAUGGUGAAGCCACCACUGGCACUACUGUUGCAGCAAGCUCAGAGAAAAUUAAGGAAUUAGAGGAAACACUUUCUACACUCCGUCAAAAACAAGAGAGUGUCCAAGAGGAAUGUGUCAAACUGCAGCAGGAGAUUACCUCUUUAAAGCAGUCACUGUCAAAUAAGGAGAUGGAAAAUAGCAUGUUUAAGUCACAGAGCCAGCAGAAGGAUGGAGAACUAAGUAAGCUUCGUCUUGAACUUGAAGGGAAGACACGGGAACUGCAGAUUUCGCAGAACUUAUCUACACAACUGAAACAGAAUGUGUCAAAACAGAUCGCAGAUAUCACCAAAAGAUUAGAGGAAAGCCAAACCAAGAAGCAAUUGUAUGAGAAGGAUAUUAAUCAGCUGGAGAAGGAGCGUGACCAGUUAUCCCGUGAAGUGGAGUCUCUCAAUAAGAAGCUACAAAUGCAGCAAAGACAACUGGAAAACCUCCAGAAGCAGGCAGCUGGGGUUUCCAAGCCAUCCACUAGUGGUGUGUCUUCUGAGAAGAGUGGGUUUGAACCUCCGCCCACUGCAAAUAUUAGACCUAUGAAUGCUCCAGUAGCUCCCUCAGCCUCACCUCGAUCACAGACUACGCAAGUGGUUCCUCCAUCCCGGGCUAUUCCAACUGCAAGUAUUCGUCCAAUGGCUCCACCAUCUGGAGGUUCUGCCCCUACUCAGGGUUCUACUGUAAUGGUUGUGUCUCCAUUGGAAACUCACAGUGAUGGCAUGGUGUCCUCCACUGUAACUCUACCACAGGCCACAGUGACACCCACACCAGCCAUAUCUGCUCCCACACUUCUUACUACUGCCACUACAACACCAUCAGCUACAACCACAAUGACUACCACUCUUACUGCAACUGUUUCUCCUACACCAGCUUCUGCUUCUCUUACCACUCCAGUGGCACCAGCUCUUGCUAUUUCAUCAAUUACUGCUUCACAGUCAUCUUCGCAGUCUUCUGCCUCACAGUCUACUCUAGCAAGUCAGUCAUCUAUUGCUUCCCAGUCCUCUACAGGAGUAGUAGUUGAAUCUACCCCUGCUACUCAGUCUACUGCAGCUGCACCAUCUGUUCCAACCACAAAAGCCUCUGGCUUGCAAACUGCCCCUGCUACUUCCUCCACUGUAGCAUCUCAGUCCACUUUGGCCAGUCAGUCAACAUCAGUGCCACAAACCUCAAUAGCUAGUACAUCUGUUGUUGCUCCAAUUGUUUCUGUAACUGCUGGUGUAACUGGAGCCACUGCAGUAGCUUCAUCUAAGGCACCGAUCAUUUCAACACCGCUUAUAAGACAACAGGAGUCACAGGAAGUGUCCGCUGAUGCUUUGGUAUCUCAAGCCAUUGCUCUUGUAAGCCCACUUAGCUCUCAAGAAAUAGCUGGACCUUCAGGUAUAAGCUCACAGAAAAGAAAGCUAGAGUCUGCAGAAGCAGUCACUAAUACUAAAGAUGCAAAACGAUGUUGUUUGGACGAAGAUCCUCUUCUGUCUGCUGAAGAAGCUGGACCAUCGUCAUCUCAUGCAGAGCAAGAAAAUGACGAUGCCAGUCAAACUCCUGAUAAUGAAGAUGAUGUUGUUAUUUUAGAGUCAGAUGAUGAACAUGAGUAUGCCGACCAGGGUGAAGAUGAUGAUGAUGAGGAGGAGGAGGAGGAGGAGGAAGAAGAGGAGGAGGAAGAUGAAGAUGAAGAAGAUGAACAGAUGGAUGAGGAGGAUCAAGAUCAAAGCAUUCAUGCUAUUGAUACUGAUGAUGAGGAUGAGGAUGCAAUGGAGCAUGAUGAAACCAGAGAAUGCAGUCAGGGUCUUGACACAGAGGCAGGUCAAAAUACAAGAGAAGCUGAAGAAGAUUUAGGUAAUGCUGAAGCUGAGGCUGAAGCUGCUUCUCAAGUGUCUGCUGAGGCUGAAGAUUCUCAUGGUGAAUCACAAGAAGCGCCAAGUGAAAGUGAGCGACCUCAACCAUCUGCAGGACCAAGUCAACCAUCUUCCUCUAGUCGGGGCGUUGAUGGUCCCGCACAAACAAGUCCACGGACGCCCCUGGCACUUCCACGAUCUGUAAACCGACAGGAACGGCCGAGUUCAGUUGGCCGUCAAACCUUGGCUCCCUUCAAUCAGCUACCCCAGUAUGAAGAAGGAGGGGAUGACAGUAUAGUGCCGUCAACACCUACUCUGUUUGUUCCCAGGCGUGGAGAUGGCUUCUCAGAAGCUGUUAGUUCCCCACAGGUUCCCUCUGGUGGAUUUGUGUUUGGAUCCAAUGCUGAAUUAUCAAACCCACCACAGACAAGUGGUUUGGCCCAAAUGGCUGAGGGUGGCCUUAUUGACGAUACUCGAAUAGACCUUGGACAGUUGGAUGAAGGCAAUAGAUCACAGCCAAGCACACCUCUACACAGAUCCCCAACAGCUGACUUGGGCGCAGAAGGUGGUGUGAGCACCAGUGAAGGAGAGACUAUGCACCGUGAAACACCAACAAUCAUGGUAACGGGAGCAGAGCAGUCCAAUGAAGAGAAUUCUAAAGACUCUGAGGAGAACUUUACUGAGGCUGAUUCCAUGGCUGCAGAGGUGGGAGAAGAAGUGGAAGAUGAAGAGGAAGAUGAUGCUGGAGGAGAAGCAGAUGAUGAUGUGAUUGAUUUGGAUGAAGAGGAUGAAGGAGAAGAGGCAGAAGCUGACAGACAGGCAAGUGAAGCUGAGGAACGAGUUGGGAGUGAUAGUAGUAGUCAACCAGCUCAAGAUGUUUCCAGUGUUCCUUCCUCUACACCAAGCUCUUUACCAUCUUCUUCACAACAGCGCAGAAUUACCCCCAUUACUUGGGAUGAUUCACCUCAAAGAAAUCGGCGGGGUCGUGGCUUCCAUAUGCAUCGUGGAGGAAGGGGAUUUCUAAGAUCCCCAGCCCAAGGUGGCAGAGGAUUUAGUAUCAAUCCUAUGAUGCAUGCACCAUCUCUUAUGCGUGGUGGACCCCAACGUGCCAGAAGAUCCCGCCCUGGAACUUUUCCACGAGGUUCUCCCAUGUAAUGUUUGAGUAAAUUUUUUCAUCACGAAGUUACAGGUUGAUUGUAUAUAGUGCUUAAGAUUGAUUUCUCAUAAUUAAUUUAAGAGAGCAGACAUGUUAUAUUGCAAUGAAUGUAUUGCUUGCAGUUAGACUUCGAAAUAGUUUCAAAGGUUUUGUAAUCUGGAGGUAGCCUGAAAAAACAUUUCAUUAAAUAUUUUCAAAAUGCAGACAGUUUGCAGUUGCACAUGUCAUUACUGAACUUUUCAUUAAUUUUUUUUUUCAAUUUUAGUAAAUGUUAAUGUAACCAGGCACAUUUUAAGAUCUUUCUUUCAACAAAUGGGCCAUAUCCCACCAAGGCAAGGUAGUCCAAAAAGAAAAACAGAAGUUUCUCUUUUUAAAUUUAGUAAUGUAUACAGGAGAAUGGUUUACAUUUUAAGAUACAUAUCUUAUUUUCAUAUUAUUGAGAAAUUCUGAGAGCUUUAUUUAUAAAGCUCAGAACACUACAUUGUAUUUAUGUUGAGUUGAAUUUUUAAUUUUGGUAUGUUCCUUUAACCAUUUUAAAUAUGUAUAUUAGGUUCAUGUCUUAGGAAUUGUAAUUUUUAUUUCUGGGUGCUCAAUUAUGUAAGCUUGAGAAUACAAGUCUUCUUUGCUUUGUGAUAAUUACAUUCCUCUUCCAUGGCACAUAUGUUGAAUUUGCUUAAAGUGGAUCUAAUGUAAAACAUAGCAAUUUGUUCUGAGACUGCAGAUUCCACAUUUCUGGACUAAUGUUUACAAAAAAAAAAAAAAAAAAAGGCCUUUCCACACAUGCACCAAUUAGUCAUAAAAAAGACAUGAAAUUUGUUGAAAAAAAAAUCACAAUUCAUUCAUAAUUUCUAUAUAAUACAAAAUUGGAGGGAGGGGAAAAAUCCAAUUUACUUAAAACAAAAAAUUAUGAGCAUAUCAUAUAGGCACUAAACAGAUAUAUACUAAAAAUAAAUUGUAAUUGGUAAAAAACAAAUGGGAAAAAAUUCUGUCAUAAUCUCCCUCUGCCACCAAAUGAACAUUCUAUCCUUGUCUGGAUUGAAGUACACAUUAUGAACCUUUAAUUAUAUAUCCUCUUUCAGGUUUAGUGCUUAAUUUUAUUAUAUGAUUAUUAUUAUUAUUAUUAUUUAAAUAUAAAUUACUGCAUCAGUAUUUUCCCCUCCCCCUACCCCUAGUCCCAACUUUGUAUCAGUGCACCUGGUCAGGUAUUCAUUUUCAUUUGUCUUGACACAAAACACUUAAAUUUGAAAACCAGCCAUAGAAUUUCAGUCAAAAUAUGCUCAAUGGAUUUUCCACACCUAAACCUGUUUUCUUUCUGGUCAUUUUUUCUUAAGAAUCCCAAUGUAAACCAGUUAGAGAGUAAUUUAAAAAUAUAGUGUUAAACUCAAGUGGUGGCUGGGUCUUGGGAUUCAUAAAAGUGAAAUUAUACCGCACAGCAAAUUACUGGCAGAAAAAGGGUUGCUGUAUAUGAGAGAAUUUGCAUAAAGCAAAACUGCAUAAAGCAAGGGAAACCUGUAUUAAAGAAUAAAUUCUCAGUAUUUUGUAGUUUUUAUAGCAUUUUCUUUUUACCAACAUUACAGAAUAAUGAAAAUUUGAAAUGUUCUGGCACUAAUUUUUUUACAUUAAAACCCACUAGGAAUAGUUAAUUUAAAAAUGGUGGGAAAGAAUAUUAUACCACGGAAAAUCAAAUAAAAUUCUUGGACGUAUUGGUUAACACACAAAUCACUAACUAUAUCUUUACAUCACUGGCAUGUUGAUUACUGGAGAACUUUUUUGGGGGAAUGGGGGAAGAUGACUACUAUUAAAAAAAAACAGCUACCUUGAAAUAUACUACCUAAGUUUGCUCCAUUACUUCUCUCAGCCUCGAACACUUUUACGGGAUAUUAAUUGCCUUCUGAUCAACGUAGCAUAUUUUAUCAGAUGGAAACACUUUGGUGAGAGACCUAUUUAAUAUAAAAUUUUAUUUAAUUUAUUUUCCCACUAGCUAAAAUUACUUUUAUUCCUAGGUAAAUUGACUACUAACAUUUUUCUGUGGUUCAUAAUUUAUGUACUUAAUUAAAAGAUUAUAGGCAACAUACUGAAUUCUAUCUCAUAUGUGGCAAUUGUGCAGACAACUUUAAAGGAGCAUGAUGCAGUUGAAACUUGAGAAUCUAUCUAUUUUUUUUUUUUUUUAAUGCACCAGCCAUCUCCCAAGGCAGGGUGACCUAAACAGAAAAAUGAAAAAUUUUCUUUUAACAUGUAGUAAUUUAUAUAGGAGAAGGAGUUACUAGCCUCUUGUUCCCAUCAUUGUUUUUUAUGCUACAUAAUAUGUAUCUCAUUUCCGAUCAAAGUAAUUAGGCAUUUGUUCUAGGAUUGCAAAUGAUGUUGAAAAUAAAAUGUAAUGAAUUUAAA